AUCCGCAAUUGGAAGGAUCUCUCACUCCAGUGUCCAGUCCAGACAGAAAUGUCUUCUUCUUUGUACCGCCGCCUUCACGGUCUAUUCGCCGCGUCCACCGCCAUAGCUGAAACCGGCGCGGCCAAAUCCAAAGUUUUCAUUUCCAAAACUAAAGCCUCUUCCCUUUCACCCCAAGCACCACGAGACAAAGAAAAGGUACUAGCAACCAUUGUCAAGAAAUUUAAGAAAGCCACCGACUCAAAACGCUUCCGCCAUCACAGCCAUAACGCUUAUCAACAAACCGUAGAUCGCCUCGCCAGAGCCCAAAAGUUUUCCUACAUAGAAGAUAUCUUGGAACACCAAAAGAAGUACCCCGACAUUACCACUGAAGGAUUCGUCAUCCGUCUAAUCUCUUUAUAUGGGAAGUCAGGUAUGUUUGAUAACGCACGUAAGCUGUUCGACGAAAUGCCAGAGCUGGGUUGCCAGCGAACUGUCUGGUCUUUCAAUGCCCUGCUUGACGCCUGUGUGAAUUCCAAGUGUUACGACAAGAUCGAAGAACUCUUCCAUGAAUUACCGGAGAAGUUAUCGGUUAAACCCGACAAAGUCUCCUGCAACACAGUUAUUAAAGCCUUCUGUAAAAUGGAUUUACUGGAUAAAGCAAUGUUCUUUCUAGAUGAGAUACAGAAGACCGGCAUUGAGCCAGAUCUGAUCACUUUCAACACACUGAUAGAUGCAUUUUACAGCAGAGGGUGCUUUUCUGAUGCAGAGAAAAUUUGGGUGUUGAUGGAGGAGAAGAAUAUAAGUCCGAAUACGAGAAGCUACAAUCCUAAGCUGAGAGCAUUGGUUGCUGAUAACAAAAUUGAAGAAGCAGGGGAGUUACUUGAAGAGAUGAAGAAGAAGGGACUGGUACCUGAUACUUAUAGCUAUAAUGCUUUGAUUUUAGGAUACUGUGAUAAAGGAGAAUUGAAGGAGGCUUGCAGGUGGUAUGAUGAAAUGUUGAAAAUGAAUUUGUCAGCUAAUCAAUAUACAUUUGGCAAUCUUGGUUAUUGCGCAUGUAAAAUGGGUGAUUUUGAAUUUGGUUUGAGGAUUUGUAAGGAUGUUAUUAAGAGCAAAACUGUUGUGGCUUCAGAUAUGUUUCAGAAAGUGGUAGAUGGUUUGGUUAAGUUGUCGAAAAUGGAUCAAGCAGAGGAGCUCGUUCAGCUCGGAAAUUCAAACAACUAUUUCAAUUUUAAACUGAAAUUGACUGCUGAAGGAAAAGAAGAAGAACUGAAAUUGACUGAAGGAAAAGAAGAAGAACUGAAAUUGACUGAAGGAAAAGAAGAAGAAGAUGGACACUAACCCACAUCUUCACAAGGUCAUCUCCCUUCCCCCUUUUUUCAUUUUGUUUGGAUUCUUUAAUUGGGGUUUUAGUUUCUUAUUUUGAAGGAUGUUAUUUUGGGGACUUAUUGUAAACUACUAUGUUAAUGCCUGUGUAAGCAUUUCGAUUGAGUCGGGUUUUUUCAUCAUUGAACCAUUCGUUGGCGGUUUAACCUGAUCUGUUAUGUUAGUUUGGUUGGUUUA